AUGGAUGAUAUUCCUCCUCCCAAAGGUUACGUCUCGAUUGAGGACGUUUGCAAGCAACUUAACAAGACUGUGAACGUGAUUGGUAUCCUUGUUGACUAUAUGCCUGCAUCUGCAACAAGAGGAAAAGGUAGUAUUGUCGACCAAAACAAUCAAGUCUAUGAGUGCAUCCAACUUACUUCCGCCAAAAUACUAGAUUACCAAAUUACAUUCGCCAUCACUGAUAUGAGCCAAUAUUAUUCGAACGGCUCAUUGAGAGUGAAAUGUUUCAACAGCAACUUGAAGGAGCUGCCUGCAGUUCAGGGUACCGGUGAUGUGGUGAUUUUGCAAAAAUUCAAGAUUACGAGUUACAAUGGCAACAUUACACUCUUGUCAAGUAGCUGGUCUCAUUGGACUGUGUUCCCCGCAAGCACAAUACCUGUCGAGCUGAAUCCCAAGGAGCCAAGUAUCCCACACUGCCGAUCUCAGCGCGUUAGAGUACCGCCUUCGCCUGCGGAGUGCCUUUAUGCCGUCCAGCUUUGCAACUCUCAGGACAGGAGCCAAUUUACUGUCCCUGCGGAGGUACCAGCCUCCUUAGAGAAGCCUGAUUCGAAUGGCCGAGUUAUUACGGCGUUUCCGGCAAAGGACAAAUUCUCUCUCGUCAAGGAUGUCGAAGUCGGUUCAUUUUAUGAUCUGGUCGGCGAAGUUAUACGCAUAUUUAGCGGGAACAGUGUCAUUGAAAUGUACGUGACGGAUUAUACCCAGAAUUACAAUCUUUACAAUUAUCGGUGGGUGCAUGACAAAGAAGAUGCCACCUCACGGGACGGCGAUGAAUAUGGGUACACUUCUUUUAGAAAGCCAGACAAGCAGUGGCCAGGACCUUACGGCAAAAGAACUUUACGUGUCUCCCUCUGGGGUAAUCAUGCCUUUUAUGCGCAAGAAAACGUUAAAGUGGGUCAGCAUGUCUUGCUACGAAAUGUCCGAAUGAAAAUGGAUCAGUGUAGUCAGCUGGAGGGAACCAUGUUCGACGAUAUGAAGUUCCCUGACCGAGUGGAUGUCUCGAUUCUGAAGCCAAAUCACGAUCGUGUGAAAGAGGUGAAAGACCGAGCCGAAGAUUAUUGGGAAAAGAACAAGACACAAAAGGAGAAUUAUCUUCAGCAGAUACACGGCAUCAAGAGAAAAGGUGGCAAUCCAGGUCCAGGAGAAUCCAAGAGGGCGAAGAAGAAUAAGAAAAGGGCUCAGAAGAAGAGAGAUGUGAGAAAUAAGGACCAGGAAAGUGACAAAGGAAGCGACCCCGAUGAUAACGAAGGAAAGGAGGGGGGUAAAGAGGAAGAAAGGGAAGCUGAAGACGAGCCUUUUGAUCAAAGUAAAUUGAACAAGCAUGUGAAAGCCAACCAUCCUGCCUACCCCGUCAUACCGGUGUCCGAAAUUGUCGAGAAGGACCUGUACGAACGCACCUCCCCCAAAGGGACCAAUUUCAAGGUACCUUUUCUUAAUGCCAAAUGUCGAGCAUGCGUCAGAAUAGUCGAUUUUUACCCGCCCAAGCUGGAGGAUUUCGCCAUACGAGUAAAUCCAAAAGAAGCGCAUCAGAAAGAACCAAGUUUCAGUGACGACGAACAGGGUUUUCACUGCAGCCCGAUUCCUGAAUCCCGAAGCAGAUGGCAGUGGAGAUUCUGCCUUCUCCUUGAAGAUGGGCGGUCAUCUUCGUCCUCAAGCAAUGAAGAGGUGGACAGACUGCAAUUGAUUGUGGCAGAUAUGGAUGCAGUCUUUUUGCUCGGGAUGGAUGCAACAGAUCUCCGCAAUGACGAGAAUGCUCUCUGCAAGCUUCGCGAAACUCUUUUUAUCCUCUGGGGCGAUCUUGAAGAGCAAAAACAAGCUGCUGCUGCUGCCGCCGCCGCCGCAAGAUUGAAGGCCCACACGGUCAUUUCUCCACCGAUAAACUCCAACGUGCUCCAACCCCUCGAUUUAAACAGUCGUCACAUCGGAUCUCAUUUAACACCAAGAAAACAGUCGACCCAGGCUGUUCCGUCUACAAAGGCGGAGAAGCCCAAGUCCAAAGAUAUUCAACCUCCUCCAUCAAAACCUGCCCCACCAUUAUCACCUCCUAUUCAGGCGCAAACGCUGCCUAAAUCUUCCGCCAAACCAUUCAUUUGCUGCAUUAAAGAGUACGGUGUCAAAGUUCCAGUCACAAUGCCGCUUUCUAUUCCCAGACCUCCUCCAGGCCAGGCCGAGGACGACGAAUACCCUACCUUCGACCUAAUCGACGACAUGGGAUGUCGCUGGGAACGCAGGUUUCAGCUUUGGGGCACGACAAUCAUGACUUGACGUGAGCCAUCUCUAAAAGUAUUCGGCGUUUGCUGGUUCUCAAUCGAUGUAAACUUUUGACAAUUUUUUUUUCCUCAAGGCGAACUUCUCCUCUAAGCAGCAUUUGGGCGUUUUGAUAUCAACACGACGCUUUUCUCACUUUUAAUUUUCCCUUUGCCAUCUGCUUUUUGGUUUCAGCUCUUUGCAUUGGUCA